UUCAGAGUUAUUAACAUAAACCAAAGCAGAGUGUAAACCCUGCCUGUCUGACUGUUUCCAGGCCAAAGCCACGACUGUGAGAGACGCGCACACACAGUCUUUAUUACAGUCCGAGUAAGUUAACUUCAGAUGCCUGCACUAUGAUUGGGGGAGGAUUUUAAUCAGGUAACUUCAGGGAUACAUCACCACGGUAACUGAUGCUACAGAACCAACCUGCUCUGGAGCAGCUAAUGUUCAAGAUUGGAGAUCCUCAUGCAUGACAUCCCUAUGUACGGACCAAUCAGGUCUUUGAAAAAUAGCGUCACGGUUUGUGAAGAUCCCUCAGAGCUUAGACAGUCUCUGUGUUUAUGACGGAGCAUCGGGAAAACAUUCGUGUAAUGGAAUAACGAUCAUAAUCAAAUAGUAGUUAUAUCCCACACAGACUCAUUUAUCUCCACCGGACAGACGGUCGCACAGUUUAUCUCAAAGUCUGUGCUCGUCUCUUUUGUUUCACACGCUAUCACCACUUUCACUGCCAUAGGACGGCGGUCAGACAAUAACAGCGCACUUACAACAGUAUGUACAUGUAUGUAAUGAUGUCUGUGUGUGUGUGUGCAGGAGAAGCAGUCAGGAGAGAAACUGAGCGAGGCGAAAGUCGUUAAACUAUACGGUCAGAUUCCUCCGAUAGAGAAGAUGGACGUGUCGCUGUCCACGCUGACGAACUGCGAGUGAGUCCUGCAGAUGGACGGCGUCUCAUCGACUCUCACAGAUGUCAUUUGGGAGCCUAAGAGGGACUCGGACUCAGGAGAUUAUAACACAACAGUCCAUUAGAGCUGAAAUAAAGCUCGCAUGCACACGUCUGAUUAAACAUGUCAGGUGCACUUUUCUCACAGCCGAUUGGUCGAUUAAAGUGUUCGUGGCGUUUUCAGGCCCGUGUUGCCGGGCUCAGAUUCUCAGCCCAGGUUCAGAUGCUUCUGCAGGCACGACUCCGAGCAGCUCGACCAAACAAACCCUGAAACCUGAAGGAGGCAGGUAACUACGACUCCCAGGGUGCAUUUCACUCGAUGAGUCUUUUUAAUGGGCUUCAGUUUGAAGACGGUCCCUGAACACUCAUCACGAACACUCAGAACAGAACAGCCUUUAAUGUCAUUGUACAGACACAACAGAGUCAGAGCUUCAGUUAUUUACAGAACAGUGUGAGGGUCACAUGGGAGCAGGAGCGUCAGUGUCUUUGAUGUGUUGCUUCUUCCUCCACAGGCAACUGUCUCUGUCCACAAACUGCAUAGAGAAAAUAACCAACCUCAACGGCCUGAGUGAGUGACACACACACACACAGUCAGUGUGUAAUGUGAUGUUUUGUCCUUCCAGAGAACCUGAAGAUCUUGUCUUUAGGGAGGAACAACAUCAGACUGCUCACCGGGCUGGUAAGUCACGAAUACGGAGGCUGAGAAGGUGGUCGGUGUGUGUCUGUAAAGCUGUGUGUGUGUGUGUGUGUGUGUGUGUGUGUGUGUGUGUGUAGGAGGCCGUAGGUGACACGCUGGAACAGCUGUGGGUCUCUUAUAACCAGUUGGAGAAGCUGAAUGGAAUCCAGUGGCUGAAGAGCCUGAGAGUCCUGUACAUGUCCAACAACCUGGUGAAAGACUGGAGUAAGUUUGAAAAGAACCGAGGCUUCAGGAAUACUGACUCAAACCAAUUUGUUUUUAGUUUCUCCUUGUUGCUGAUUGGUGGGAUCUGGAUGUGAUGCGUGCAGGUGAGUUCAUGAGGCUGGCGGAGCUGCCGCGCCUCGCCGACCUCGUGUUUGUGGGAAACCCUCUGGAGGAGAAGCACUCGGCCGAGGGGACGUGGAUGGGCGAGGCCACGAAGAGACUCCCCGGCCUGAGGAAGCUGGACGGCGAGCGUUUGAAAACAGGGACGAUCAGCCAAUCAGCAGAGGCCUCGCCUCUUCUUCUGCUGUUUCAGGAAUCCCAGUCAUCAAGCAGGAGGGAGAAGACGGAGAGGCUUGACCCGUGCGGCCCUCGGAGUCGUCCUGUGGUUCGUCGCACCGCUGUUCGUCUUAUAACUGACUUUCUCUUUUGUAACAGCAGCUCGGGACUGUGCUGCUGGAGAACGCCUCGGCUUCUAACAGCUGUUUGCAGCUGGUCCGAUGUUACAGCUUUAAGUGACUCAGAGUUCGUGUUCAUACUUAUGACGGUUCCUCAUAGUUGGAUUUAAGAUCAGAUGAUUCAAAUAUAUUGGACGUCUGUGACACGAAACGCUGCAGGAAACUACAACAGAGUGCAUUCUGGGUUUCAGGUUUCAGCUGUGGAAGAGGCGUCCUUACCUGCAUGUAGGAUCUAUCUUCUGAUUGGUUACGACGAACAUCAAUCAGCGGCUUAUUCCCUUCCUUGGUAACGGCCUCGGACCCGGAAGUAAACACGUUAGCCGCGAAAUGCCAACAGACUGACGGCAGAGAGAACAUCUGUCCAGCUGCUGCGAUGAAGAGGAGCGCAGACGUGAACGUGAAGCAGGUGAAGCACGUGAUCGCAGCUCUGUGCAGGCUGCUGGCGGCCGCGGGGCUGGACCCCGUGCCCCCCCCGGACUCCUUCCGACGGGCCAAGUUUGGAGACGCGGUCCAGGAGGAUCCGUUUUGGCAGCUGCUCGCCGACGUCCUUCAGACCGCCGGCUUCGUUUCCUGUGACAGCUCAGAGCCAACAGCAGAGCGCAGGAAGCUCGUGGUCGCUGGCUUGUGGCAGAGCGGCUUUCACGCUGACUGGAUGUAUGAGGGAGAAGGAGGAGGCGCAGCCUCCAGCCGGGAACUCCUCCUGGCGCUCGGCUGGCUGCUCGCCACAGGAGCGCUGGAGAGCGUGGUGAUGAAGAGAGUGCAAAAGCUAGACAGGAUGCUGCUCACGUGCACACCUGUGCUGCCACACCUUCCUGCUGACCUCCAUGUAGACUCCGCCUCCCUGAGGAGACUCCAGUGGCUCAUUGGCUGCCUGAGACAUCAGAGACGGAUGCUGCUGUCGAUGCUACGAGAGCAAACCCGAGCUCUGCACGCUGUUCUUUCUGUGAGCGUCGCCGCGGCGCCGUCCUCUGCGCAGAGCUCUGCGGCACUCGAGGAGGACUGCGUUUGUCUGCAGCAGCUGUGCAGCCUCCUGGAGGCGUACCUGAAGUGGAAGCAGGUGGAGGACGUCUUCUGGACUUGGAUGGACAGCGUUGUGGACCUGAAAGAUCCCAUCACCGGGAGGCCCAAACAUCUAACCAAUGAGAACCCUGAAGUGUGUUGUCAUGGAAACAGCAGGCUGGAGAAGCUGGAGGCGGUGCUGCUGAGACUGCCUGCAGCUCAGAGAGGACAGAGGAGACAAGGAGGAGAUGGUAAGGACAGAGAAGGAGGAGAGAGGACUCGGGGAGGGUUUGGCGUCUCCUUGUCCCUCCCUCCCGUUCUCUCCUCCUUCCCUUCCUUGCCUUCCCUCUCACAAGUCUGCCGAGCGAGGCCUCGGCUGGAGGAGCCGAGGAGGCGCCCGGCCAGAGGCCCCGGCGGGCAGGCGGAGCCUCCAAACGAGCUCCCGGCGUCCGAGGCCAUGGCGCUGCUUCUUCAUGAAGAGGCCGUGCUGAUGAAGAGGAGGGACGAGCAGAGGCUGACCAACAGGACGAAGCUGCAGGAGACGAUCGGCAGGCUGGACGAGCUGGUGCUGAUUCCACCGUGAG